AUGGCCUGUCAAAAUGCCUCUGCGGCAGCUUCGGGCCCCUCCAGCAUUCCUCCCUUCGCGCAGCCUCUCGCUCCUUACCUCAAGACUCGCCAGGAAGCUCUGCAUAUUCGGCAAGUUCUCACAAGCUACCUCCGCUCACACAUCAUCUUUGCCGAUAAUGACGCCGAACACCCCGAUUGCCACGCCCAAUCCCACCUUUCGUUAUCUGUGUCGGAUAAUGCGGUGACGGACGUGAAGCGAAUCCCCGCGGACCUGACCGGGCUGCGGAGGGAAUAUUUGCAGGCCCUGCAAGCAAAUGUGACCGCAAGGAAACAGCACCAGCAGAUUUCCGAGAAAUUGGAUACGCUGCACUCUGAGGGAUCAAAGUUACCUGGAUCCUCCUCUCCUGAUAGCUCUUUGGAGUUGCAGGCUUACCUUCGACUCGUCCGUGAUCGACGCCGACAUGCAAAAGUUCGGGUUUUUGAACACUAUUUCAACGAAUUACGAGCACGCGAUACCCCCCGACCCGAAGAUUUCGAGAACCAGGAAGGUCAAGAGCAAUUUACGCUGCCUGAGAAUCUCGGAGACGAUGGUCAGGACAAUGGUGCAGCAGGUGGUGACGUUGAGGAACUGGUACAUAAACUCGAGAGGGCGGUUAUUCGUGCAAAGUCGCAACUUGACCGGGAGAAGGAGCUAUACGCGGAAUUGAAGGCUCGAAAUGCAUCUGAGGGUAACCGGGUGGAAACAUCUGCUCCUGCUGUGAAAGCUGCUGCCCUCCAGCAGACUAGAGACGAGCUUGUACAAUGGGUAGAGGAUAAACUUGUCGGUACUGGAAACGGUGAAGAAGACCCUGUGGAGGAGCUACCCGCCGAAGAGAUCGAGGAAUCUGCUCGUAUCCUCGAGGAACAAAGAGUACGAAUCCUUGAGCAGUACAGAGUCUACACAGAAACCCGGAAACGUUUGCUAGACGCGGCUGCUCGGGCUUGCCAGCCUGUGUCAAUGGCAUCUACGAAAUCACCGCCGCGACCUCCAGAGCUCAAGGGGUUGCCUACCGAUGAAACAUUGCCCGUAGAGCCAUUGGAGGUUCUAUCAUAUGCCAGCAAUAUCCUGCACCCGGUUUCCAAAAGCCAGCGGUCUUUGGCUUUGCAGAAGUUCUAUUUGACUGGCUUGCUUGCCAAGGAGAAAAGCACAACUCUACGCGUGCUCAAUCGCCUGAGUGAUGAGAGCCAUCUUCUUCCUGAAUAUCCACUCCUUGCCCGGCAGCCGCGCUUUAAGCACGCGGCGGCAGCCCUCAACUCCAGACAAGCUACGAAGCAACAGGAUCCGGUCAAACAGAACGAGAUUGUUGACAUGGCCGAGGCCUGGGCGUUUGCAUCCGCAGCGGCUGGGUCUAAUGAGAAAGAAUACGUAGAGCAAAAAGUCGCAGAUGGCAACGAAAGCGCAGAUCACGCCCGGCAAGAGUUGCAGAUGGUGUACAAUUUGUUGAACCAGGACCUGGAAGAGGCCCUAGAAGACGAGCAGGGUGAUAACCAGAAAGGCGACGAUCUUUGGACGCACGAAGCUCGCUCCACUAGGUCUCAAGCUAGAAUGUCUCGGUCUGAGAAGCGGCCAAAAGGGCCGUGGACACGACUGAAUGGCAAUGUCGGAGUUGCAGAUUAG